AUGAAAUCCACUACAACUUUAUUAAUUGCAGCAAUUGUACUUUGCUUUGCUUUCACAUGCUACUCCAAAAAAACCAUAGAGUUUUGCGAAUAUUGCAUUGAAGAGAAUAAUUGUGAUACCAAUUCCUCAUAUAAGUGCGUCAACUUCAAUACUGGAGAGUGUGUCUUGUAUACAGAUCCAUGUGGUUACGUUCCAAAGCAAUACUAUGUCAAAAUCCACGAAUCAACACCUUUAGUCAAGAUUACCGUUUUCAUGGAUCAUCGCUGCCGCCAACCAAUUUCAGAGCCAACCAAAUACAUCUCCUAUCUUAUUAUCUUCUUUAAAAGACUUGAUUCAUAA